UGUGUGCAGUCACCUCAGCUACAGUUAACUCAGACAGAUCAACAUGGGAGCGUCUUCAUCUGGACUCCUGGACGAAGCUAAAGCCAGCCAUAUCAAAGGACUGGUCGACAGCUCCUUCCAGAAUUUCAGUGUGUUUUAUCGUCAGCAGUAUCCAGCCGCUUAUUUCGGACACUUACAACAGGAGGUGGAGCCUAAGAAACAGGAAAGAGGACUGUUACUGACUCAGAGGCCUCGGCCAGACCCUGGAGACGUGCUGUUUGAGGGCAGAGCCAGGUUCUCCACUUGGGACGACCAGAGCCGCAAAGGAAAAGAGAAAUACGUGGUGCUCAAGAAAAACUACUGUCUGGAGAUACACGAGAGCCAAGAGAGCUUUCUUCGAGGCACUGCUGCCAAACUGGUCCUUCAGCCAAUAGGGGGCACUGCACUGACCUCUGAGGAUGAAGCCCAAACUCUACUGGACCAAACUUGUUCUGAAGUUCUCAAUGGACUGAAGGAGGACUCCCCUUCAGCCGGGUCGACUCCUGAGGGGUUUGCUGUGCACCUACACCUGCCUCACAUUGCCCUCUACCGCUUCCUGUUUCAAAAUGAGAGCGAGCAACAUCACUUCCUGUCUUCCCUCCAGUCCUGCAUUCGACACCAUGACUUGGAUCCAUGGUCUGAUGCCUCCUAUGAGAGCCAAGCUUUUAUCCACGCUCUGCGGCUUUACCGACAAGACAAGGGCUGCUAUGAAUGCUGGGAAAUACUGCUGGGCCCUGAAGAACAAGUGCUGGCUGCCCAAUUUAUGGAGGAAGUGUUGCCGUGGUUACACAGUCAGCUACAAAACAAAGUGAAAGGCAAGAAAACAGAGAGGAUUCGUCUGUGGUUAGCAACAGUGCAUGCGGCCUACAGAGUGGUGUUGGAGCAGCUGAAGCCUGCUCUGGAGGCUCUGAGGGCGGAGUCUGGAGAGUCUGCCUCAGCCAAUCAGGGCCUGGUCAGAGCAAACCUGGACCAGAUCAGUGCAUCACAGAGCUUUCUUCUUGACAAGAUCCAAGGUUGUGUGAAAGAGGAGGCAGAGUGCGUGUGUAGUGAGUUCAUAUCUCCGUACAUGCCCUCAGUCCUGGAGGCUCUGACUGAAAACAUCGGCUCAGCCCUCAAAGAGAUGAGACAGACUCUACAGGCUCAGAUAGACUCCGCUCUAGCUGAAGGAGGGGAAGGUAGCCAAGUCACUAAGAAGGUUUCCUUGCUGACCACCUCAGGCCUGGAGAAGUGUUACCAACAGGUGGAAAGGCUGAAGCAGGACUUGUCCGGCCUGAGAGAGAGAUUUGAGAUGAACAGUACUGAGCGCCUGGUUCUCUGUGCACAUCUGGACAUGGAGAAGCUGCUGAAGAGUGCCAUCUACACGUUCGAGCUGUUCCUAAGGACCUCAUCCAGGCUGCAGCCAAACCAGUACAGUCAGAAGACAAACCGCGCCAAAGAGAGAGUGCUUAAGCAGUUGGACUAUGACAGCAGACUGGUGCAGAAGAGACUGUACGAGGAGGCUUUGCUGCAGAUCACCCUCCCCAACCUGACCCGCAGACUGGACAGCUCCUGGAGAAAUUGCCAGGAGCUGCAGCAGUUUGAACAGUACAUCUUCUCAGACUUUAGCAACUUCAUCCUUGUUCAGAACCUGUACCAAGAUGUGCUAAGGAAUAUCCUCACCCAAGAGAUCCAAAAAGUUCUCCAGGAAGCCAUGUCCAAAACCAGCAGCAACCUGUUACUGGACACAUCCGAUCUGGCCAUUAGUCAGUACAGCCUUUUGGGACAGACCGUUAUCCCACCCACACACAACAGUCCGGCACUCCAAGCCUGCGAAAUCCCUGCAACCAUCCCGAAAUUGGCUCCAACUUUAGACAACAAUCCAACUGUAGAACUAGGGAAAGAGAUUGUUCCACCUGUUAUUGUGGUAACCCCAGAAAUCAAUGAAAUUCCAUCCGAUCCUGUCAUGGACUUGCUGAGAUAUGAAUCUUCAGACUCAGAAUCAGUCAAAAUUUGGGAGGAAAACUCUGAUUCCGAUCCACUGGAAGUCCUUGAAUCCUUAACAAGUUUGGACGAUCAAGAUGAAGUUCUGAAAAAUAAUUUGCCAGAAAUAAAAACAAAUUCUGAGUUGGAAGAUUUAGAAAAGUUACCAGACGAUUCCGAUGGUAGCCCAUCCUUACGGACCAUGGAAUCACCAAAUUCUCAAGAAGAACUUCCCAUGAAAAUGAGUCUUGAGACAUUGAGUGAAGCUAUAGUUUGCGAUGCUACAGAAAAAUUACAACAACAAUCUACUGAUAAAGCCGUGUACAUAAAAGGGUCUCUCAUGGAAAACUGGAAAAGUGAGAAAGAAGAAAAAAUAAACAACGACCAUUCACCACCUGUUGAUAGCGCUAUGGAGUCAAAAACAGAGCAAGAAGUUAAUGAAGGAGUUGAUGCACCAGAUAUGGACAAAAAUUAUGAAAAUUUAGACAAGGAAGAAAUGCCAGAAGAUGUAAAUAAUAAUACAAAUACUGAGGAGGGACUUGUCAGCUCUCAGCCAAUAGAAAUGCAAGAAGAGAAUUGUGCUGCACAGCCAGUGGACAGUGUGGCUGCCAUACGAGACCUGGUCAUCGAGGUAACAGAGGUAGAGAUGAUGUUAAGUCCAUGUCCAGACAACACUGAAUAAAACAAUAAUGUAUAUAAAUGAUUCAAAUGAUGUGAAUACUACGGCUGUAGUAAAAUAGUCUUGUUUGACUAAAGACAUGUCCUGAUGAUCGAUUAGUCAACUAAAAUGGGGGCUUGGCAAAAUCUCUCUAAACUAUUGCGUAUCUCUAUUUAUCUGACCUAAACUGCACUCACAAGACUACAUCUGCACGGAAGUUCAUACAAAAACUAUUUAUGCAGAAAAAGUCCUCGAAAAAAAUAUGUGAAAAGGUUGAUUAAACUCAGGAUUCACUUCCAAAUCUUCAGCCAACUCACUCACGUCUCCUCUCUGCUGUUGUCCCAUAUAAAUCCUUAUAAAAAAAAAUAAAAUGAUCAGGCGACUAAUAAAGGUUUUGGUGGACUAAAACUCCAUGGACCGAUUAAUCGACUAAAUGUCAGAAGGACUACAGCUCUGGUGAAUAUGUAUUUCAGUCAAUGGUAAGAACCAUUUUGCUUGGAAAACCUUAUACUGUUUUUAAAUUGUUUGUCCGUCUUGGAAUGUUUUUAUUGUUUAUUUUUUUCUUGAUUAAUUGCAAAGAAAAUUAAGUACAAUAAAAUAAAAGUUGUU